AUGUGGACCACAACGGCUGCACAGCAUGUACCUAGCCUGCUCUACGCAUUGACGGGCGGCUACAAUAUCAUCAGUAUCAAGAUAGUUUCAAGCAAAUCUGACUUUAUCCCUCCACCGCUUCCGCAAAUGCUCGUCAUUGUACUUUCUCCCGCUCGCCAGGCCCUCCCGUCGUCUUCCGUCUCGUCACUUCUGCUGCCAGAGAUCGGACGAAACGGAGAAUUAGCGCGGGGUGUUUCACGUGACAGCCCCGCAAUCCUCGGGAUUGGCCUUGGCAUGCCGGACGAGCAAAAAAAGAAAAAGACCGCAAUUCGCACUGCUCUUCCUCGUCCCACUGCCUGGCCAGAUGACCCCGGUCCAAAGGGAAGCGCCUUGUGGCCGGGAUGUGACUCUCCAUCCCUGAUGGGCCAUCCCAGCUUCUUCCGUUGCCCGGUCAUGUCCACUCCGGGUCUCUGGAAUAACCCUGAUAUUGUCAGACCACUUGAACGGGUUUCUUUGGCGCUUACAGUUUGGACUAGUGAUCCUUUCAACGUCAUCUGUCAACAUCGAGAUAUCCAGAAAGGACAGAGCUGCCUGUCCCAGAAAGACAUAAAAGGCACCUCAAUCCCCCGUCAACGCUCACUUUCUCUUCCUUCCUCAACCGCAAAGCAAUCGAAUUCCAAUCCAAAUACUUCUACCAACACAUUCAACCUUUUAACGUUUUUACGUUUCCAAACCACUCAAUCAACAUGUCUCCCUGCUCCUGCAACUGCUGCUCCGGCAACUGCAACUCCUGCUCUUGCUCCAACUGCAGCCACUAAAUUAACCCGCGGCCUAUGA